CAUCGUUGGCCAUUGUAUAUUAUUCUCCAGACAGCCAGGAUCUUCAAUUCAUACACAACCUUGAGAUAUGCUCUUGUAUUAGAGGAUGAUGUUUGUAGCACGCCCUAUUACAUAUCUUCUUUACUAAGAAAGCGGUUCGAUGGCAACUCAAGUCUUGACAAUAUGCGACACUCUCUUGAAAUAUUAUUUUAGAUCUCCCUUACCAAACCAUGCCUAAAACAGAGAUAUUUUCCAAUCCUUCAGCAAAGUCAUGGUCAUAUGCCCAAGAGACAGACCUGGCCAUUGUACAAUCCUUUCAUGAACGACUCCCAGGCUACCAGCCUACUCCGCUCGUAUCUCUCCCUGAUGUUGCAAAGGAGUUAGGUGUCAAGGCAGUUAUGGUCAAGGAUGAAAGCAACCGCUUGUCCCUGCCAGCCUUCAAGAUUCUCGGGGCUUCCUGGGGCAUUUUCCGCGCCAUUACGGCCAAAACGGGUCUUGAUGCAAAGGCUGACCUUGAGGCUGUUGGCCUGGCGGCGCGUAAGGCAGGGGUGAUGGUCUUCGCCGCUACGGAAGGCAACCACGGAAGAGCUGUUGCUCGAAUGGGUAAUAUCCUGAACGUACCAGUCCACAUUUAUAUGUCGAGAUACGCCGAUAAUGAGACCGUGGCCAAGAUCGAAAGUGAGGGUGCACGUGUCACUGUCCUUCCAGGGACGUACGACGAAGCUGUAGCCUCGGCCUUUGAGGCAUCACAAAGUCAACCCAACGGACUUCUCAUCCAGGACAACGCAUUUCAAGGCUACGAAGAGAUUCCCACUUUGAUUGUGCAAGGUUACUCCACGCUCCUGGUUGAAACCGAGUGCCAGCUUGCUACGCAAGGACUCAAAGCAACAGCAAUUGUGACUCCCAUCGGUGUCGGCUCGCUUGGUCACGCUGUGGUCGCAUUUGCAAAGUCUGAUAAUCGAAAUAUAUCAGUCCUCACUGUGGAACCCGAAUCGGCAGCUUGCCUGUAUCACAAUCUCAAAGCUGGCAAGUGGGAAUCUAUCGAUACGUCUGCUACCAUUAUGAAUGGCAUGAACUGUGGAACCGUAUCCCCCAUCUCAUGGCCAACUUUUACUAAGGGGGUAGAUGCAAGUACAACCAUCAAAGAUAUUGACUGUCACCAUGCGAUUGAGUAUCUCCACUCACAUGGCAUCAAUGCCGGACCUUGUGGAGCGGCUGCCCUGGUCGCAUUGAGAAAGGUUGCAAGACAACAUCCAUCCAGUAUCCAUCUGGACAAGAAGUCUGUGGUCGUCCUACUCAGCACGGAAGGUUCAAGAGGAUACAAGGCUCCAGAAGCCCACUAAGACCAUUCAUUCAUUCAUUUCAUCAUCUCCAUUAACGCUAUAACCUGAUGAAUGCUCUGUCCCUAUCACAGAGACUCAUUGCCAUCCUUGGCAAUCCUUGGGGUAUCAUUGAUUCAUUGCAGACUUUAAAGUGCUCCAAUGCAGGCCCUCGGCCUAUUAAUUCAUCUGACCAACCAUCACCAUCCACUGCACUGAAAGCCGCUCAUCCUGACGACUGCUCAACCACCACCUUCAGAAUGUGAACAUGUCCAAUUCUGGACCUCCACCCUCACUCUUAACCUCAUGCUCGUCAGAACCUGCAGCGGUGUCUGCAAGAGCAUCGCCCAGCAAGUGCUCAAUGUUGCGUGCUCCACUGACAGUCUCUCCUCUGAUCGACAGCAUCAUACAUCUCCACAAGCGGGUGCCUCGCAGACGUCGAUCGUUGGCCAUGGUAAGAUGAGCCCAGGAAACGUCUUGGAUGUCCUUAUUUUUCGCGAGGAUCUGCGUACGAAUGUCGGGGAGGUCGUACAUGCUGGCAAGACCAUAGUCAGAGAUCACUCCAGACAGGUAAUUCCUAUAGGC